AUGGCCAUCUCCCUUGCAAGCAGUUGUAGCCCAACGCGGCUGGGUUUCCCAAUGGACGAAAAGGGACCAAAGCAGAGCGUGUGGCAUCGACUGGGACUGCGACGAUGGCUGGGUCGAGAUGAUCGAGACUCUCGGAACCACGAUGCCCUGUUCCCCCACAACCAUAACCGAGCGUCCUCUAUUGACAGUAACAAGCAAGACAACCUGACUCGCCGCCUGUCACGUCGCGUCGGAGUUGGUCUACCCCUAGCCCCCUUUAAACGCCAGAACUCUGAGCAUCGUGAUCAACUCGCGCCCCUGAACCUUGAACCCCAGCACCGUCGUACACAGUCGGUCGACCGUCGCCCGUUGAGUGCCCAAAGAACCCGGUCUCCACCGCCCGCCGUGGGCCCUCGACUUUCCGCACCAGAGGUUCAGUGGCUCGGCCCGACCACCGCUACCACGGUCGACGAGCCCCUCGAGCUCGAAUUGGAUACUCAGGACCUAGACGUGGAGAACGAUGAGCCCGAUUCCGAACCCGAUUGGGACCCUUCCCCCGACAUAACUGCCCCUGAGGGCGCACCGCCAAACACACUCGAGAUGGAGCUGGAACGACGAUGGAUUUUGAACCUGAGCAUGCACUUUCGGGAUCGCUCGGAAAGGGAGAAGUUCUUCGUGACAUACGCCGAAACCCCGACCCGAUGGCGCCGAGUCACGAUUUCCUGCGAUUACCGUGGCGCAACCGAGGACUCGCUUGAGCAGGAUUUGAAGGAGUUGCGAUACCAGCGGGACAAAUGUGCGCGAAUUUACGAGUCGAUUCGCGAAUCGCUUCCCGAGAUUCAAUUUUACGAUACCGUCACCAAUUUGAAAGUUGAGACUCGCGAUGGCCGCUUGCACGUUCAUGUUACCGAAGACGUGAACGAAACGAUCCCUUAUCCUCCGAUUUCCAGCAUCGGGCACCUGCGGGGUGCUCGGUGUGUGCCAGAGAAUUUUUUGCACUUCGAAUCCCAUCUUUCUGGGUUUGUUUAUAAAGUACGGCUGGGGGGCCAUGCGUAUAUUAAGAAGGAGAUUCCGGGUCCUGAUACCGUGGAUGAAUUUCUUUACGAAAUUAAUGCGCUGCAUGCGCUGAAUCGUGCGCCCAAUGUGAUACAGGUCGAAGCGAUUGUGGUCGAUGAGCGACAGGAGGUGGUCAAGGGCCUACUAAUCAACUAUGCAGCUCAGGGCGCACUGGUCGACAUUCUGUAUGAUCAGCGGGGAGAUAUUUCCUUUGCUAGACGGGAGCGAUGGGCUAAGCAAAUUGUUCAAGGUCUCUGUGAGAUCCACGAGUCAGGGUACGUCCAGGGAGACUUCACACUAUCGAACAUUGUGGUGGAUGGCGACGACAAUGCGCAUAUUAUCGACAUUAACCGCAGAGGCUGCCCUGUUGGAUGGGAGCCGCCAGAGAUCGCCGCAAAAAUCGAGAGCAACCAGCGCAUCUCCAUGUAUAUCGGAGUCAAGACAGAUCUCUACCAACUCGGAAUGACUUUGUGGGCCUUAGCGAUGGAGGAGGACGAGCCGGAACGACAACCUCGUCCCCUGCUCUUGGGAAAUGACGUGGAUGUACCCGACUACUACCGCCGACUAGUCGAUAUUUGCCUCAGCCCUACUCCCCGACACCGAUUAUCCGCCAAGGACCUUCUUACCCUUUUCCCGACUAACCUUUUUUCACGAUCUAUGCCGGCUGGCCGGGCUCGAGACAUUUCUGGUCAUGAUUUAAGGCCUCUCGUCACAAAAAGCAACGGUGUCAAUACCUACCCCGUGACUCUCCCUCUGGGUGGUCCUUAUGAUUCUCAUCCUCCCUUUGAGAACGACUUUGCAAAAACACACAACGGCAUGCCACAGCCCAUUUUCUCAGACCACCACGAUCAAGGCAAGGGGUCGACUCCUACACUUGCGGGUUCCAACGGGGGAGCAGCUUUCUUGUCACGACAUUCCUCGGCAUCCACAUUGAAUCACCAUGAAAUUGAUGAUCUAGGACGAAGAUGGGACACACCCGAGCCAAGCCACGAUAGAGCAGAAACGCAUCCAUCCCAUAGUGCCGACACAGCUGCGUGGACCAACAGCCUUGAUCAAACUUUCAAUUCCAACGUCUCAGAGCGAGAAACAUCCCCCUCAGAUACAACUCCAUAUCAACCAUCCCAACCAUCUAUCGACCAAGAUUCAAUCAAUGGAAACGACCACCCACGCAACACCGAGCCCAUAGUCGCCUCUACAAAGCCCGAUGAACAGAUGCCAGUCCCAACCAAUGACGAAGAGCAAACAUAUCAAUCAAUUGAGCACCAACCUCCUGCUCCCAAAUCAGCCGAAUCCCUAGGCGCAAUGCCAUUUCUCUUUCAUUCUAUUCUUCCCAUCAACCCAGCUUUGCCAUUUUCCCGACACCGGACAUGGCCUUCAGUGGCAAAAGACACGCAAUCAUCUUUAUCUACUUGCUGCGAGCCCAAACCCGACACUUCGGCUCUCUUGGAAUACCUUUAUAGCUCUCGACUGCCUAUCAAUCCUGCGUUGAAGGAUGAUAGCCACGAUCUUCCUUCGAAGCGUGGUCUUUGUGAAUCACGAUUGCCUAUAAGCCCGGCUGUUGAGGAUGGUUUCGCUAUACCUGUGUCUCCGCCUCUAAAAUAUGUGCCGUCCACCAGCGCAUUUAUCGAGAAGGAGUCGAUCGAAAUCUCUCCUCUUGUCGAGUCGCGACUACCCAUAAAUCCGGCCAUUAAGAAUGAUCCCGUUGGGCCUGUGUCUUCACUCCGAGAGACACAAUUAUCCACUAGCGCAGUUGUUGUGAACGACUCCACCGGAUUCUCUCCGCUUGUUGAGUCACGUCUUCCCAUAAACCCAGCUGUUAAGGACGGCUCUGUUAUGGUUGUGUCCUCGCCUCUCGUGUCGCAACUCCCCACCCGCCCAACUGUUGAGAAACACUCCAUUGAACCCUCUCCCCCAAUUUUCGAAUCACGACUUCCUAUAAAUCCGGCUAUUGAAGACGGACCCAUGAAAAUGGCCUCUUCGCUUCCUGAACCUCGACCCCUGGCCAACAAAGCUGCCGAAAACGAGCCUACUAGAUUGAUAUCUACCAUUCUCGAAUCGCAACUCCCGAUCAACCCGACUGUUGAGAAUGGCUUUGCCAAGUGUGUUAUCUCGCCUGUCAAAUCACAGCUCCCUGUCACCCGGGCUAUCGACAACAGCUCAGUCAGACGCAUUCCCUACCUUGUCGAGUCCCGACUCCCUAUCAACCCAGCCUCUAGAGACUAUUCCUAG